UAGUAUUUACUUGUUAAUUAUUUUACUACCUUAGAAAAUAGCUUCGAAAUAUACAUUUUCGAAUUUAAAAGGCGACGUUGCCAAAUCAACACGUAUAACAACGAAAUCAAUCGCACUGUAAACUUUUAUUCAUUUUAGUAAAUUAAAAAGAAUUUUCCGUAAUAAGAUCACGUCAAAAUUCAUAAAUAGAUUUAACAAAUAUUAUUUAUCAUUUAACAAGAUCAACAUUUAAAAAGAUUUAUUUUACUUACACUCGAUUGAGUUCGGAGUUACAGAAAAACCAAUGAGAACGACUGAACGACCAGAACCACUUUAAGGAAACCGGUGUAAGAGUUGUAACGGUCGUAGUCAGUUUUAACGAAGUUCUAUCAUUUCAAUUUGUAUUUUAUACGAUUUUGAUAAUUUAAUUAAUUGUCAUCAAUUAUUAUACAAUGUUUUACUCAACGGAGCUGCUCUCCCUUCGAGGAAGGGGUAAAUUGGCUCGAGUCUGGUUAGCCGCAAUUUUAGGCGAGGAGAUGUUUAAAAAAACUUGCAAAGCAAUAAUGAUUAAACAAAUCGAUGUAGCCGCUGUUUGCGCCGAAGUCUCAUCAGUAAUUGAACAGCGAGGCAGGGGAAACUAUGUUAGAUUAAGUCUUUACCUUUCGUCUCAAUUAAUGUUCGGCGCUACGAGAAUUCUUUACUAUCAAACAAAAUACUUCCAAGAUAGCGUAAUCAAUGAGAUCCGUAAUUUACAUAAUAGAAAAAGAUUAAGAAACGCGGAUCAAGAACAUCCAGUAUCCGAUUUUUUAUUCGAGGUACCAGAACCUCCCGCUCUCGCAUUGCCAUUCUCAAGGGAUAAACAUUUGAUUACAGAAGAACCUUAUCCCAUUACCAGUGAACAUUUGGUAAGAAAAAAUCAUUCCUUGUAAUGAAAACAAAGAGAGCUGCUGCA